AUGACAAGGAGAAUUGUACGCACUGGCAUCCAGCUGGGCGUGAUCCUUACAGUUGUACUGUUUCUCGUCCUCUUCCUCGACAAUCAAUACCGAGUCCUUCCUAUCUCCAUACACAAUCAUCUUCCCGCACAUCAUCCAGGCUUUGUGGUCACAGACGUGACAGUCGUGACAUGUUCCUCGUUGAACCCUUUCAGCCGGUGUACCAAGGAUGGAGAGUACUGGCAUCGAAUCAACAAGGACCUAUAUCUAGGAAAAGGCCUCGUGACAAAGGCCUACCUCAUUGUCGAGAGGAAACGCGAGGAUGAUUUAUCGGCGCACGAGGAAGUCGUCCACGACAUCAAGAUCGGUCGCAUACAGCCUUCCGCCAUGGAUCCUCUUUCUAGUGACGAAAGGUGGGAAUCGCGGCCGACAGGAAUAUGGAUCAAAAAGUCCGCCAAAAGGACCGACGAAAGCAAGAUAGUCACCGGCGUUGAUGUCCUCUUCGGCGCAGACGCAGUUGAUCCACGUUCAAACUGGCGGGUCCAAGAUAUAUCACUGUUCGUUGACGGCGGGCAAGACACUCCUGAGCCACGACUCACUAUCCGCAAGGGACCGGCCCUGAAAGUUGAGAAGCCUAUUCCUCGAAUUCGAAAAGACGGCAAGUUCAAGAUAAUGCAGGCAGCAGACCUGCAUCUCUCGACUGGUCUAGGUAAAUGUCGAGACGCCCUGCCCGCUGGAAAGCCUUGCGACGCCGACCCACGAACCCUAGAAUUUAUCGAGCGCCUGAUCGAAGACGAGAAACCAGACUUUGUCAUCCUCUCAGGCGACCAGGUCAACGGCGAUACGGCCCCAGACUCGCAGAGCGCCAUCUACAAAUACUCGGAAGUAUUUGCCCGCCACAAGAUACCCUACGCAGGCAUAUUUGGCAACCACGAUGACGAAGGCAACCUCGAUCGAGCACAGAGCAUGGCUAUCAUGGACGGUCUGCCCUAUUCUAUGUCGACCGCCGGGCCCGAGGACGUCGAAGGCGUAGGAAACUACGUCGUCGAAAUUUUGGGGAGGGGCUCGACCUCUCACUCCGCCCUGACUAUUUACAUGUUGGACACGCACUCGUACUCGCCUGACGAGCACAAGUACAGAGGGUACGACUGGCUCAAACAGUCGCAAAUCGACUGGUUCAAGAGCACGUCCCAAUCCCUGAAAAGAAAACAUAAGGAAUAUACACAUAUACACAUGGACCUUGCGUUCAUACACAUACCGCUGCCCGAGUACAGAAACCCAGACCAAUUGCAGUGGGUGGGAAACUGGACGGAACCGCCUACGGCGCCAGGCUUCAACACGAAUUUUAAAGGUGCGCUGGUCGAAGAGGGUGUGGUCAUGGUCUCGUGCGGUCACGACCAUGUCAAUGAUUACUGUCUGCCCGCUUUGGACCAGAGUAAGAAGAAGCCUGCGCUGUGGAUGUGUUACGGCGGUGGAGCCGGCUUUGGCGGUUACGGUGGCUAUUAUGGCUACCACCGCCGUGUCCGGUUCUUCGACUUUGACAUGAACGAAGCGAGGAUAUCGACUUGGAAGAGGAUGGAGUGGGGAAAUACGGAGGCCCGCAUUGAUGAGCAGAUCAUCGUGGAUGGAGGCAACGUUGUGGUCAAUAUGUGA